AUGUCUUUGUACAGGGGAGCAGACCGAUGUGUUGGCUUUCUCCAUGUGGGAUCGCGACUUCCUAUAGCGACGCUCUGCAUUGUUGUGAUGCUGCUCCUUCUUCCGCAAGGAUCUUUUGGGCAAGGAAACUGCCCCGAAAUUAAUGUAAAAGUGUUGAUACUUGAUGUGACAAAUCUUCCAACGCCUUCGUAUUUUAAUCUAUCACUUCAGUACGGAUUUGAGGCGGCAUUAUGGUCGCGCAAUUAUAUUGUUGCAGACUCUGUGCGCGUGACGCUAAUCAAGAAGGCGAGUACGAUGGAGUCGGCUGGUACUGCUGUUGAAGAUGCCUUGAAGGCUGAUUCUGAUAUUCUUCUUCUUUUUGGUAGCAUUGGUGAUACGGUGUUGAGCAACUAUUUGUCUGUAACUAUGCAGCUAAACCUUAUUUCGUUUGCCCCGUUCGUAGGGUCGUCUGCGGCAGAUGGGUGGAACCCGUAUCUAUACUUUGUGCGCGCUGGUGCUAAGGCCGAGCUGCUGGCACUUCUCAGCUACGCCGUGGCUGAGCUGCGGGUGCUUCGGCUGGGAUUCAUGUACCUGCAGGGUGUUAAUUUUGGUGAAGAGGAGUAUGAGCAGGCACAACGUGUGAUGUCGGCGAUGGGCUACGAGUUCUGCGGCGUCUUCACCGUGAAGAGCUCCUCGACUGGUGGCGCUGACAACAAGGAGUUCGAGGAUGCGUGGGAGCGGUUUGCUGCGACUCGGCCGCAGGCAGUGAUUGUGUUUGGCUCGCCUUAUCAGGACACCUUGAAAUUCCUUAUGAAGAUGCUGACGGACGUGCGCACCGCUGGCGCGUACUUGCUUGCUCCUUCUGCGGUGCAGGACGCCGUUUUGGGAGUGUGGAGUGCUGCCGUGGCUGGUGGUGUCAAGUUCGUGCCCGGGCAGGUGAUCACGACUGGGGACGAACCCGCUGGCGAAGGACACACAAUACGCGGCAAUCCAGCGCUUCCAGGUGGAGAUGAAAGAUUACCUGGCGAAAGUUGUGCCGGCUAG